AGCGCCGCCAGGAGAGCAGCGGCGUCAGCUACGCUACAACGACGCGACGGCGCUCGCUGCAGCAUCGCCGCCCGCGCGUCCUCUCUUUUGUCCUCUCUCUCCCUCACCUUCUCGUCCCCGGCGAACCCGACGACCACCGGUGUUCGCUUUCCCCGCAACACUCUGCGGAGAACCGUACGGCGGCGUACUUUUACUCUCCCGUGUAUUUGAAAUCGUUGGGAAGCAAGCACCCCCAACUCCUGCCUCGCUGAAGCAUCAAGGACCACACGAACGUGUGCCGUGGCAUCAUCUCUCCAUUUGAACCGGACGCGUCGUCUGUCAACCGCUCGACGAAGCGCCGUCUGCAACCACAGGAGUACUUCUGCAACCGCAUCGCUCGCGACAGGAGGAGGAGGACGGUACAGCGAGAGGAUUAUAUAGCUGACGUUGUUUUGGAGAAGUGGCGCGUACAGUAGGUGUUAUUGUGUGUCUCUCGGUGAGUCGUUGUCAAGCGCUUCGUCGGAUAGCGAGCGUCGCGCACACUCGAUCAUCGCUUCGUCGUCGGCCAGAGGAAGCUUCAAAACAAAACACAUCGCGGGCGCCGGUCCAGCCACCCCGUGACGCUGAGGAGCUUGGGAUUAUUCAUCGCGCGCAGCAAAAAAAGGCUGCGGCGUUCGCGUCCCCGGCACUUCGACGGCGGGUUGUGUUUCUUUAUCGUCGCAAGAUCUGCACCUCCGCCGACGGUGCUACGAAAAGCUGUUGGAUCAAUCUGAUCGCCGUUGAUUGUCAGCGCUGCCCUGCAGUCGGUGUUCCACGCAGCCGACGGAGGGCGCAGCGGUCGCCUGGGAGCCCGUGACGUGCUCACCGCGGCCAACCAGCUGCUCCAGGGGGACCUGCCCCCGGCGCACGAGGACCUGCUUCUGGGACGGGCGGCGGAGAAGUCGGCGGCCAAGAACGGCGAGCUGAGCUUGGACGACUUCGUGCUCGUGAUGGCGGACGCCCUGACGGAGACCACCCACUGGGGCAGCCUGAAGACCGACGUGGUCGGCUACGUGGGCAUCGACACCCUCCAGGAGCAAAUACGAAAGAAGGUCCUCCGCAGGGGGUUCGAGUUCAACAUCGUCGUCGUCGGGAGGAGCGGCCUGGGAAAGUCGACGCUCAUCAACACCCUAUUCAAGGCCAACAUCAGCCGGAGGUCGUGUACAAAGAAAGGAUCUGAAGCAUCGGACACGGUUCCCUACGUCAUUCCCAAGACAACCGAAGUCAAAUCAGUGAGCCACGUGAUCGAGGAGAAGGGCACACGGCUUCGGCUGACGGUCACGGACACACCAGGCUUUGGUGACCAGAUCAACAAUGAGAACUGCUGGCUGCCCAUUCUGGAGUACAUCAAUGAGCAGUACGAGAAGUACCUCAGUGAAGAGCAGAGUGUCACACGCAAGAAGCACAUCCCAGACACACGGGUUCACUGCUGCCUCUAUUUCGUGCCUCCUUCAGGACACGCCCUGACGCCUCUGGACAUUGAGUUCAUGAAGAGGCUUGACAAAUGCGUCAAUAUCGUUCCAGUCAUAGCUAAGGCAGACACGCUGACCCUUGAAGAGCGGAGCAGCUUCAAGCAAAGGAUCCGAGAAGACCUGCACAAGAAUGGCAUCAACGUGUAUCCCGUGCAAGAAUUCGAAGACGACCCCGAGGAGACUGUUCUCAACAACAAGAUCAGGGCCGCUAUUCCGUUUGCCGUUGUGGGCAGUGACAAGCAGCACACGGUGAACGGCCGCACGGUCUACGGCCGGCAGACGCAGUGGGGACUCGUGGAAGUGGAGAACAGACACCACUGCGAGUUUCCUGACCUCAGAGAUAUGCUUAUCAGGACUCACAUGCAAGAUCUCGUAGAAGUGACCAAGACAGUUCACUAUGAGAACUUCCGCCACGAAAGGCUACAAGCGCGCCACGGCCACAUUAACGGACACGGCAUCAACAUUGUGAACCUCAACGAGAGUAGCCUCUGAGGUGGUACAUCUAAUCGUCAGAUUCUUGCUCCGCCUACAUUUACUUGCCUCUGAACUCCAAGCAUGCUCCGGGUUUGUUUGCUUGUAGACACGUGAAGGCCACUUUCACAAGUUCUUCCUCAUCUCCCAGGUGCAAACUCUGUCAACAAACGGUUUCGAAAUUGUGACAUCGCCUGCAUUCCAUGCUAGGCGCUCUGCAAUGCAAUUCGGCAGUAUCUUAUAGCAUGACACACUUCAGUUUGGCAGUGUAAGCAUGACGCAGUAUCAUGACGAGGCAAGAGUUAAGCGAGCGUUUAAGCACAAAGCAGGUACCUGUUCAGAUGAAACGAAGCAAUAAUGAAAAGUGGAGGCACGUGCAUACAAGCAAAAAAAGAGACUCAAGUCUUAACUGUGUGCCCAAAAAAGAAGGCCGCUUCUCUCUGAUUUAUAUUAAUUAUUAAAAUCACACAUAUCACGGCUAAGCUUUCCACAUCUACGCCAUUUUGGGGGACUUCCUCAACUUCUUCGUAGGGUCACAGCAAUUGUGUCAUUUAUGUGUAGGAAAUGUGAUCGUGGAUGUCAUGUCUGUAUGCUAGCUAGGUAUAGCUAUAUAGGAACUGACGUGUCACCCUAUAAAGCGUACUGUUCUUUUGUGUCUUUCUUCCAGUGGCGUAAGCUUAAACCUUGGAGAUUUUAACAUUUUACAGUUGUGUCUAUACUGCAGUGCCUGUGUAGAACCUGCUUUUAGAACUUGCGAGAUCUCAGUGAAAACAAGAAACUGCAAUUUUUAACCCCGCAUUACUUCGGCGCGCUUCCACUUGACACUUCGACGAGCGUUAUCGGAACACAAUGCUUACUUUAUGCAAGAAUGCAAGAGGUGGCAUAGCUGUAGGCAUGGCAGAGUUCAAGAAAUGUGUCGAGUCAAAGCUUAUUUGUGAAUGCUAGGGUUACUUUCACCUGCUGUCUCCACUGCCAUGUUGAAUAGCCAACAACAUUGCCAUGUCCGCAAACUGGACAGCUUUUGUUUCCACCGCGAGCUUUUUUUUUACGUGUCGUGGGAAGAAUUGCAGUUGCUAGUUCACGACAAAUGCGGCCUGUGCUGUGCCAAAAAAAAAAAAAAAAAAGGCGGCACUUCACCGAACUCUUGUGCUCACACGUUUGGUGAAAACCCAGAAGUGCUUAAAAUGAUGUUUACAGGUGAAAAUGGUUGCCAAGCUCCCUGUUCGCCUUGCGAGAAAAUGAAGAGUUUGCUCCGUCACUGAAUGAAUCCCACAGAUGGCCGCUGAGACUGCCUUUUGUCGUGACAGUCUUUGCUCAAGUAAACCGUGGGUCUUCUAGUCAUAGCUUAGAUAUCACGAGACAUGACAUGUGGAGUCACCAUCUGUCAAUGUACAGUCUUCAGAAGAGGCGCGGCAACUUGCCCUUUAGCACUCUCGAGAACUAUACGUGAAACUUGUGCUAUCAGUGUUGACAUGAUGCUAGCUGUCACACUUCUGCUACAGCUAAUGUGAUUAUCAAGUCACAAGAUAUGGAGUGAUGCGGUGAAGAUCGACUACUAGAGUUGCAGAUUGUAUGUGCAAGCACUUCACAGGGAAAAAAAAAACAAUUAAUAGUUUGAAGAACAUUGUGCAGAACACGUGUUAUGCAAAUUAUGUGAAUCUUGCAAAUUCCUCAAUAUACGGCAACCUUUUAAAACAUUUCUAUUGCACACAGCCACCCUUACUGCCAUCUAUACUGCAACUGCUGCUUUCUAUUCUAACAAGUGAUGUACAUAGACCAUUUUAAUUUGGUUUGUGGUGGGUGCUUCAGUCUUUAAGAUUCUCGGCUUUUGAUGUGGAGUGUUUUAUAAUUGUUGAGCAUGGUUUGCAUCAAGUCAACGCACUCGAGAAGCGUUUCGUCCUGUCCACCUCGUUCUCGUGUCUCGUUUUAGCGCAGUUAUAAUUUUCCUAAAAGUCAAGGCAGUGGUUCAACUGAAGACACACAUGUACGGUCAUUUGCGAGUGAAAUACAAACAGGGUGAUUCCGAAACAUACAUCGACCUACACAUCUACUGUAACAAAUUACAAAGAAUGUGUCUCAUUUGCAGCCACCUUUGUCACGGGUCAAAUUUUAAACCAAAGUCAUAUCUUUUUUUUAGGUUGCAUUGUUCAAUAACACACUUGGCAUUCCCCUGAUUUAACUGGAAAAGAAAAUUUGGAAGCUGCCGUUGUCUGCGUCUCUUGCCAGUGUAGAAGUGAGUACUGGACUGGAUACAAGUACUGGACUAGUGUCACUACCAGUUAGCAGCUAAACAAAACAGUGAGGAUAGCGGCAUCAGUGGGCAUUGCUCUACAGGAUGGGCAGUUGAUUUUACAAGUCCAUCUCACCUUCCCACUUUGACAUUUCAAGGCACUUUCGCCUGGUUGGCACAAAGCAGGGCCGCUAUUUCGUAGCGAUGCCUAUUUCGAUGCUAAUGCCUUGUCGCACUUUUCACGUUCGCAAGUGGCCCGAGUGAAGCGUUGAACACCACCACUUGCGAAUACAAAAAGCAUAAAAAAGCAUUAACAUCAAAAAAGGCAUCGUCACAAAAUAGCGGCCCAGGUCGGCCCGCAGAGCCAUUCCUCCAGAGCUGCUUUCUUUGCCACUAGGUGGCGACACCGGUUCACUCCUCUGCGGCAGUUUGCUCCUCUUAUCACAAUGAGCAUGGACGAUAGCAGCUUGGCAUUUCUUUUCUGGACAAGCCAAAAAAAAAAAAAAUGGAAAUCAUAGGUAACACAGUGCGUGUCAUUCUAGCAUUGUGUUAUUUAGGAUGAAGCGAAUGUCAAAUGUCAGUUAACAAUGCAAAGUUUGUAGUUAACAAAGAAAAUAAACAAACAAGCAAACAAAAAUCUUGGUGCAAAAUUUGAGCACGAACAAAGCAGCAGUAAGCGGAAAGUUUUCAUUAAAUGUGUUGCAAGAUAAAUACAGUUGUUACAUAUGAUGCACAAAAAAAAAAGGAGAUCUGUUAAUGGAUGUCAAAAGUUGAGGUUAAUUUCCUCUUACGAAUAAAUAGCACUGCACCACACAACAAACUUCAAAUUAAUCGCACUGCUGCGGUGAUAUACCUGAAGCACAACUCCUCUGAAUUUUCUGUUGCCAUACGAGUUCUAUCAGUCUGGUUUUCAUUUGCACGUGACUGUGCAACUGUCUUGCUAUGUUUGCAGAGACCCUACAUUCUGUUUCACAGUAGUACGUCUGGCACUGGAGUUGAAGCUGCAAGGUGCGCUCUGUCAGUCAAGGCUGAGAAGAAGAUGCGCUGACAUUGAGAGACAAAAAAGUGCUUGUUAAAGGUUUAGAUUGCCGAUUAAGCUAAGCAGCAUUAGGCCUGAUCAAUACCUGGCAAGACUGACUACAAGGGGAUGCCGGAUGCUGAUAGAACAGACUGUCAGGCUAGUUGAUUCAUGAUCAGUAAAUUGCACUGCGUGCAACAACGGAACAAAGUGAGACUGCACAUACAAACAGAGAAGACUUCGUACACGUACGAGUUAAAAGUCGGCACUGUUUGUACAUGUGUGUCUCAAUUCAUUCUGUUGUUGCACACUGCAAGUUAUAUCGAAUGCCGAUAGCUUUCUUUCUAUGGUUUGAGAGGUUAGGUGCAUAUACGUGUCCCUUAAGGACAACGCAGACAAGGAAUGAAAAAGGACAAUAUGAACGCCAGCUAAGUCCAGAAUGGAUUUUACUGGAUUUUCCUUUUUUGCUCAUCUUGUGUCCAUGUUCUAUACGUCUGACCACAUAGGAGGUUAUGGCCCGACCUUUCGAACCAUUCAUUCUUACCAACUUGCUCAGCCUUUUUUUGUCAUUCUAAGCUAGUUCAGAUGUUGCACUUGGAUGAGGCAGUUAAGUGUCUGCAGCACAAGACAUGCGACACUGUAGAUAUACGCAUUUGCAUGAUCGUGCUCGUGAUUGACUGGCAUCAGCUGUAGCUCGCAUUCCAGUGCUACAUUAAUGUGAAAGAAACCAGAAGCACUGUGCGACGGUGGUAUGAUCACACUGACCUCAAGUUAACCAUCUGGCGUGGUGGCAUUUUCGAUAUUCAUAGUCUGCCUCACGAGGUUUCUUUUCCCUUCGCUCUGCGUCACAUGUUUGUGGUGUUCCUGUAUCUUUUCUGCAUCCCAUCCCUUUCACGCUGGUAAAAUGCCAUCACGAAACACUUGCUAAUACUUCCAAGGCAUUGUUGUCAUAAAAUUUCUCCAUGAAGCUGACAGCAUUUAAAGGAAUACUAAGGGCAAAUGCGAAGUGAAGCUAGAGUAGUAGAUUAUCUAUCAGUGUUUGUCUUGUGCCAAGAGAUUACUUUGGCUAUGAGAAAACUGCGAUUGAAGACAUGUCUUUUUCUCACUUACCUGAGAAAGCAGGAGCAACAUAAUACAAAUGUCAGUGCAGAAAUCUUGGAAGGUUAUGCUCCGCUGGGAACUGCUGCCCUCAGCAAGUCAGAGGGUGGCAUAGAAGGCGCCACAUUCCCACGAAUAGCAACUGCAGGUUUUGUGUUGACAAAAAUUAAAAUUGGACAAACUGUGUUACCUUCGAUGUUCAAAUGGAAGACGUCAUUUUACUUAUUUCACUAAUUUUUAUUUGUUCACAGACAAAUCGUUAUCUCGAAGGUUUAUUCCGAUGGGAGCUAGUUCUGCUGGCACCACUAGCUUCUCGGAUAAAUGUCGAUUUAUCGUUUACGAUGGCUCUGUUCUAAGAAUGGCACACUGAUUAUUCUCAUAGGAAAGUAAUAAAUCAAUUUACCUUGACCCAACUGACACCUUUACUGUUCCUUUAAUUCUGUGGUCUUCCAAAAAAAAAAAGAGAGCAUCAUUUAGUAAUGACUGCAACUUGAAACAGUAUAAUGGCCACUACUUGUGAGCCAGCCACGCACAGCAAUGUUUUCAAACAAUUGUGUUGCUUGAAAACCAUCGAAUGACAUUAAAGAAACAACACAGCUAUAUUUUUUACUAGGAAGAGUCGCUGAAGGUGAAGAGGUCUUAUUUUUAUGCAGCAUGUAUGUGCGUGUGUGUGUGCAUGUGAGGGUGCUGAAAAGAUGUCUAAUAAAAUAAUCUGCAAAGUA